AUGGACAAGAGAUCAGAGGAGUUUAAAUCCACAUUUCAAAAGCAAGGUGUGGCUGGCCUUAGUCAGGCAAUAUUUGAGGAUCUUGAUGGAUGGAAAAAUGAAAACAUUAAUAUUGCAGUUCUUGGGCAGUCUGGGGUAGGGAAAUCUUCGUUUAUAAAUGCCUUGCUAGGUCUUAAGCCUAGCGAUGAAGGCGCAGCGGCUGUGGGUUUGCACGAGACAACAAAUGAAAAAAAAUCUUACGUACAUCCGAAGAAUAAAAAUUUUCUUAUUUGGGAUUUCCCAGGUGUAGGUACCAAAAACUUCCCAAGAGAAGAAUACCUUGCUAAGGUUGAUUUUCGAAUAUUCAAUUACUUCAUUUUAAUAACGUCUAAGAGAUUUUUUGAAUAUGACAUAUGGCUUGCACAUGCGGUAGAAAUGACAAGAAAAUGUUUCUAUUUUGUUAGAUCUAUGUUUGGUAAUGACAUAGAAAAUGAAAUGAAUAAAAAAAGAAAAAGAUAA